AUGGUCAGACUGACCCGGAUGCAGACCUACAAGUUGAAGUAUAACAAAAACAUCGCCGUGGACCCCAUCCCCAGCACCUCCCCUCCAAACCUCACCCAGCAGAGCAUGCUGGCGGAGUGCAAUAUGAGCCGGGCGGGGCCCGAGGGGGUGGGGGCGGUGCCGACCAACGAUAGUGUGGACGACUCAGGGGCUGCCCAGGUCUCCCAGCUGGUCAAAUACUACGUCAUGGAUAUAGCAGUGCCUUUUAUCUGUGCAAUGGCACUUACGGAUUAUUUUAAAAGCGGGACCUAUAAACAUUUUAACAACAUCUCUCUUUCUUUUCUUUUUCUCUCGCAGUCAUCAUUCCAGGAUGUAUACGAGGAGGGCGACAGCAUGCUCUACUUCGACUUCGUCGCCAACGGUCUCAUCACCGUCUUCAUCAUCUCCAGCACCUGGCUCAUCGUCGUCAUGGCCGCAGAACGCUACAUCGCCGUGUGCCACCCGCUCCGGGCCCGGAAACUCAUCUCUUUACGUCGCACACGCAUCAGCAUCAUCGUCGUCUUCUUCAUCUGCGUCAUGGCGACGAUUCCCAUUUUCCUCGAGCGUCGCAUCGACGCCGUGUCCUGCCCAGACGGUAGACGGGUGUACCGCCUGGUGCAACGCUCGGAGGACUCCGUCAAGGUCCGCCGUAUUCUCUGGGCGGUCUGCUUUGACUUUAUUCCGUGCGCGGCACUCGUGUACUUCAACCUGUGCCUCAUUCUACAAAUACGCAAGGCCAAGCGACUCCGCGACGAGAUGGCACCGAAGCACGCGGUGCUCAGAUACGAGAGUGCCCGGGUGUGUUUACAUCCCAAAGACUGUCGGAACUCGGACGAGGAGUCCGGCAUGGAUAAUAACGGUACAGCGAAACACACGGACCAGACAAAACUGUCCAACAAAACGUACAUAGGCAGGGGUAGAAGCCCCCACCAACAGCAGCAGCAGUCUCAGAAACAACAGCACAAUCGACAGGUGGGCCGGCAUCAGUUCCGAGCGUCUGGUCCCCGGAGCGCGGCGUCCGGGAGGUAUUCACAUUUCGUGGCCUUCGCCAACGGCAAGGAGAAAAGCUCUAAAAGCAGCAGCGGCCUCCACUCGAGCCACACAGACGGCACGAGCUCAGCAGACUCGGCCUACAGACCAACGGUCAGCCAACGCCAGGAGCUGAACCGCAACGGGAGAACAGUCAAUUUCCGGGAGGGUGGUACCUCCCGAUUCGGUGCUAUGGCCGUGAGCAGCAGCGGGAGCAGCGUCAUGAAAAAACGUCCUUCCGACAGUGCGCUGAACAGCGUCACAGCCACCCUUGUAGCGGUGGUCAUAUUGUUCCUUAUCCUCGUCUCACCCUCAGAGCUACUCAAGUUCUCUGUGGGAUACGCCUUGACGGACAGCCAUCAGAAAAAAGUGGUGACCUACGUGACCAACUUCAUGCAAGUCCUCAACUUCUCGCUCAACUUCGUGCUCUACUGCGCUGUCAACAAAACGUUUAGGCACACGCUAAAGGGACUCAUCUGCUGCUGCUGGCUCUCAAUACGACGAUGAGACGCCUCAGUUCAUCGAAAUUGCUAACAGCACACUGAUAAGUCAUACGAAAACAGAACAAAAAAGUCUCGACCAAACAUAGACCAACGUUUUGAUUAUGACAUGAUGUCCAGAAACGUGUACAAACUAUAAUAUUGUUAACAAAAUGUGAAUUCUGACUCGUAUCGAUGUGUUAAUUGUUGUCUACAUUUUGAUGUAUGGAUUGCCUGCUUCAUCGUGUUGCCUUGAGAGUGAGAUUUACAAAAACUGUCAGAAUAUUAUACUUCAAAAUUUACUGAAUGCGAACUAAUUCACAAGGACAGUCCUUGGAUUUCUGGACGGGAAUAUAUAACAUUAUUAUGAAACAAUAUUUUAAAAGACAUCCUACUCGAUUCGUCAUUAUUUAAACAGUAGCGUAGAAUCAAUACUUCAAAGCAAGAUAAAUUACUACUCGUAGAUCUUAAGUAAAGAACGUUUUGAAAGAAAACAAAAAGAUGCCCACAUUCUGCUUUUCUUACUUGACUGCACUCAACAUGGAUUUUCCGUUUGCUGUUUUGAGCUUCCGCCCUUGUUUACCGGGGCACUAAAUCCAUACAAUGUCGGCACAGCCACGGAGGAGCUAACGCUUUGAUCUCAGUUCUUUUCUCAUUGACAACCACGGUGGAGCCAAGAAAAAGCAUAUUUUACUGCAUGAAUAGGUACAUGAACUCCAGGUUUUGUUAGCGUAAAGGGUCGGAAACCGAAUGAUACAGAAAAAAGACAAAAGUUCGGAUGAAAACACCAAAACCCUAACUUUAAUCUGACACUUAUCAUCUCAACCCUCACUCUGCAACCUUAAAAUAAAGCAUUGGUGCACUCAGCCACUCCGCCACAGUGUAGACUAAGAUUCACCACAAACAAGAUAAUGCUGCUAUCGAAACAUCUAAAGAUUCAUGAGUAUUUGGCUCCUCCGCGGUGUCGACAAGGAGAAACACGAUAGCUCCUCCGCGGUGCUUCCCGCCAUGUCAUAAUAAUUGUAUGUUUCAUGCUGACAAUAAAAUCUCCAUAUUUGUUUCUAUGUAA